CAGCGCACUUUUAUUGAGCUUCGCCGCAAAUGUACAGCCAAAAACGGGAAUAAAACACCAUGGAGUACCUUACCGGACUGUCGCAGAAGGAAAAUGUUCGUGCCGCUUGCAAAAAGUGUGGUUUUCCGGGUCACCUUACAUACCAGUGCCGGAACUAUCUGACGGUUGAUCCGCAAAGCCGGACGGUAGUACCGGGACAGCAGCGUCCUGGCAGUGAAUCCCCAGAACAGGACUACCUCACGCCACUACAGGAGUUGCGCCGUGAGGAGGAGGAGCUCGAAAAGCGACGAGAGGAAGAAGAGGCUGAAAAGCGUGAACGCGAACGCCGGCCCACCAAGGACGAGGAAACGCGCGGUCGCCACCGUGGACAGGAGCUGAAAAAGAAGAAAAAGAAGAAGCGAACCAACAAACACCGUUCCCGGUCUCGGUCCAGAGAUAGCAGUAGUAGCAGCAGCAGCAGCAGCAGCAGCAGUAGCAGCGACGAUUCCGAUAGUAGCAGUAGUAGCAGCGAAGAUGACCGAAGACGAAGCAAAAAGCGGGACAAGAGAAGGGCCAAAAGGAAGCACAAAAAGACGAAGAAAAGCCACAAACACCACGGCCACAGCAAAAAGACGAAGCGCCACUAGUUCGGACCAACGAUGACUACUAGAUGACACUAGAACACGUACGAACUAACGUGGAUCACUUGAUUGCAUUGGAAUAAAUGAUAAUACUUGACGUACUUUA